AUACACAAAUAAAGUUUUGAGUUAUAGAGACGCUAUAUCACUCGAGCAAAAAGUCUAACAUCUGGAAUCUGAUCACAAUGAAGAUUGUAAUAUUACUGUAUAUACUUGGACUUGUUGUUGGUGAUAACAUAUAUAACUCCAGGAUAACUGAACCAUGCUACAUGCCACAUUUUGAUGAAGACGUUGCAGAAGUUGUAAUUACCAAAAGACCACAUGAAACCAUUGAUGUAAAAAGCUUACCGAAAGAGUAUGAUAGUAGAACAAUAAAUGGUAAAAACAUGGCUAGCACAACACGAAAUCAACAUAUUCCUCAAUACUGCGGUUCUUGUUGGGCACAUGGUACAACAAGUGCAUUAGCUGACAGAAUAAACAUCAUGAGGAAAGGAGCUUGGCCUUCAGCUUACUUGUCAGUUCAAAAUGUCUUAGACUGUGCAAAUGCAGGGACUUGUCAUGGUGGUGGCAUGAUCAGCGUAUACAAAUACGCUCAUGACAAAGGAAUUCCAGAUGAAACUUGUAAUAAUUAUCAAGCUAAAGACCAAGAGUGUAAUACCUUUAAUCAAUGUGGAACUUGCUCAACAUUUGGUGAAUGUCAUGUCAUCAAGAAUUAUACAUUAUUUAAGGUCUCUGAAUAUGGUUCUGUAGCAGAUCGUGAGAACAUGAUGGCUGAAAUAUAUCAACGUGGUCCAAUAGCAUGCUCAAUUAUGGCAACUCCUAAAUUGGACGCAUACACAGGUGGUGUAUAUUCCGAAUAUCAUGAAACACCCCACCAUAAUCAUAUCAUAUCGCUUCAUGGAUGGGGCGUUAGCCAAGAUGGUAUCGAGUACUGGAUUGGACGAAAUUCAUGGGGACAACCUUGGGGUGAACAAGGUUGGUUUCGCAUAGUGACAUCAAAAUACAAAAACGGUCAAGGAAAAUAUUUUAACUUGGGUGUCGAAAAUCAAUGUGCUUUUGCAGUUCCCGUUUUGCCAGCACAUUAAAGAGUUUGAAUUUAGGAAAAUUUUUCUUAUUUCAUUUUGUAUUAACAUUUUUGGCAUCUUUAAGCGGAUUCUUACUGACAAUCA